AUUUGAAACGAGCGUGUUACGUAGAAAAGAACUUUAUUCUUUUUGGAUAAACGUGUGAAUGACAGUUCGCCUGUCACAAAAUCUCAAAUCAAAUCGUUUCGUUAGCAGCAAGUGAAAGCAUGCCAUCCAAACCCUCCAACGCCGGCGGCGGUGGCGUCAUCCGAUGCUGCGGCCCGUGCCGCAAACGGUUCCGUUCCGAGCUUGUCACCGCGGACCGUUCCGUCGCCAGCGUGCUGCUCGCGUCCGACCCCGCCGAAACGGGACUGUUUUGGUUCUGUCCGGGGUGUCGACCCAGGUUGACCGUCGAAUCGGACGAAGGGGAAGACUAUCUUCCGCCGGAACUGUGGCUGGAGAUCUUCGAGCUGCUGGACGGGGCAUCGAUUCUGCAGGUGCGGUUGACCUGCCACCGGUGGAGGGAGAUUGUAGAUGGGUCGCGCUGGCUGCACGACAUGUUCUGGGUUAACAUUGAAGCGAUGAAAUUGGAUUGGUGUCACGAGCCGGAGAAUCUGCCACCGGCAGCGAAUGUAACGAUGCAAACGGUUAAGAUCUUGGAGGUCGACUCGUGGUGGCCCUGGUUCGGUUCUGGACUGCUGAGUAUAGCGUUGUACGGUUGCGAAGUGGCGCUUUCGACACUUUUGGAGAUGUUGAGGGGGGCGCCCAACCUGGAGUGGUUGAAUCUUGGUGACACGGUUUACAGUUCCGUUGAAGCGGGCGCCGUGGACUUCCGGCUGGAUAGGUUGACGCAUCUGAGCUGCCGGACGGUGUUCAAUGUCUUUGGACAGAUUUGUACGCGAUUGGAGGAGCUGGAUGUGCAACCAGAUCAGGAGAUCUUCAACGAAGAAGCGCUUUGUAUUGUGAUUCAGUCGUCCCAGAGAACCUUGAAGCAGCUGACGUCCCAUCUUACGCCGUACAUGCUGAACCAGAUCGCCGGAAUGAGAGCGCUAAAGCUGGACAAAUUUGACCAGGUGGGAGGGCAAGCUUCAGCUGCUCAGUUUAGCCAGAUGCAACGAUUCAUCAAAGAUCUCACCAUCAUUGCCACCGGCGAGGAACUUAACGAAGUCGGCACAAAUCUUCCCCGACUUGAAUAUAUCGAUGUUACGUUGAAGCCAAACGGGACAACGGGGAUGACCUCCUUUCUGGAAGGAAUGCCGCAGCUGAAGCGACUCACGAUAAGAUGCAACCAGCAGGAGCUUAUUUUCGGCCUGUGCAAAAGUCCACACUUGGAGUUUAUCUGUCUUACAGAGUUACAAAUCGGAAUAGAUAACAUGCAGCGCUAUCUACAGAACUGUCCAAAAAUCGACAGUCUCAUUCUGAGCAUCUGCACCCUGAGCAGUUGGUCCGACCUCUUCGCGGCGCAGAUUCCAACACUGCGAAGUCUACACCUAACAAAAAUCAAAGUCCUUCAAAGUUCCACCAACCUGAACAACCAACUCAACCUCACCGAGCUGGACUUCUACAAUUGCGACAUCCCCGAAGAUAUCCUGAACCCGCUGAUUCUCACCGAUCAAACGAUGGCCAUCGUGUGCCAAGAGCUGCCCCUGCUGCGGCAGCUGACCGUGAUUGACUGCUGUUCCAUAACGGACGCGUCCGUCGAGUUGAUCAUCACCAUUUGCGGCCAAUUUAGCUGGUUGAACCUGUACGGCUGCGAUCGGAUCUCGGACGCCGCCCGGAAGCUGCUGGAGAAGGUUAGAGAGACCCAUCUCAGUGAAGAACGCGUUACAUAAUAGUAUCGUUAAAUGAAAUGUUUUUUUUUUACUUUAAUAAAAAUAAAAGCAG